AUGGCUCAGUUGGCCAGCCCGGAGUCAGCAAACGCAGAAGCAGGAAAAGCUGAUUUAAAAGACCCAUCAGCCACCAUGGCUUUCAGCACAUCGAGGCCCCCAACCAGCUCCCCCUGCGAAGGUGCAGUUGCAGCAGCAGCAGCAGCAGCAGCAAGGCGACACAGGAGCCUUCCCCAAAGCGCGUUGGUUAAAGCGCUGCAGCAAACCAGGGGCUCAAGAGCGCCGCAGCAGCAGGAAGCAGCGCAGCAGCAGCAGAGGCGAAGGGAGCAGCAGCAGAAGCAGCAGAGGCAGCAGCAGCAAGCAGCAAAGGCAGAGGCAGCAGCAGCUUUUUACUGCCCUUACAUUCACAUAAAGCUGCGGAUAAGUUGGCCAGUCAGAGAACUUCUUGAGUCCCUCGCGAACCUACGCAGACAUCAAAGUGACCUCAAACCCAUGCAGCAGCAACAGCAGCAGCAGCAGCAAAUGCCGCCUCGAAGGUAA